CAUAGAGCUUUCUUCAGAGCUAAUGCAAAUAAUUCCAUCUCCACCUAGACAGACACCCCCGCCUCCAAAUAACAUCCAGCGAAAUGCAGAUUCUCAAUUUGCCUAGAUGGAUUAUUGUCAUCUUUGCCAUUUUCGUCACCCUCAGCCAAAUCCACUCCCAUCCAGAACAGAUACAACCAACAUCAGAUAAUCUCAAAAUUCAUCACUAUCUAACCAAAAUGCUUCACCGAUGGAAGAGUCAGGGGAUACAGUCCCAAGAAACAGCACUGAAACCACAAGCUCUGGUUUUGCUAGCAGGACUCUUCUGCUUCAUAGCUGCUUCUAUAUCCAGUGCAGGUGGGAUUGGAGGUGGAGGGUUGUUUAUCCCCAUACUGACUAUUGUGGCAGGUCUAGACCUCAAAACUGCUUCAAGUUUCUCAGCUUUCAUGGUCACAGGAGGAUCAGUUGCAAAUGUUCUCUACAAUUUGUGCACCAUAAGUGAAAAGUUUGGUGGUAAGACUUUGAUUGACUAUGACAUAGCACUCCUAUCAGAGCCUUGCAUGUUGCUAGGAGUGAGCAUAGGAGUCAUCUGCAACCUGGUCUUCCCAGAGUGGUUGAUCACUAUCCUAUUUGCUGUAUUCCUUGCUUUGUCCACCUUUAAAACUUUCAAAAAUGCAAUUCUCUACUGGAAAAUGGAAUCAGACAUGGUCAUGAGAAGUGGUGGGCGUGCAGAGGAAGAUGGGGUUGGACAAGCGGGUGGAGUUAGGACUUGUUGCGAAAAAGGAGCAAUGAAGAAUUUCAGAGAGCCUCUGCUGAGGAUAGAAGGAAGCGAAAGGUCCAGAUUUCCAUGUAUGAAGCUGGGGGUCUUAGUCAUGAUCUGGUUUUGCUUCUUUCUUCUUUAUCUUCUUCGUGGAAAUCGCUAUGGACAGGGUAUUACCAGAAUGAAGCCUUGUGGAGUGGGAUAUUGGGCUCUCUCCUUGCUUCAGAUUCCCCUUGCCGUAGCUUUUACUGCUUGGGCCCUCCAUAAAAAAGAGACAGGACCAUGCCAAGUUCCUAUCCAGCAGGGCAUGGGAGACUUAGUGGAAAAUGCAUCAUCAAAGAAGCUUAUUUUCCCAUUAAUGGCACUAUUAGCAGGAAUCCUGGGUGGACUUUUUGGAAUUGGAGGUGGAAUGCUUAUAAGCCCACUUCUUCUUCAGGUUAAGAUAGCUCCUGAGGUAACAGCAGCAACUUGUUCUUUCAUGGUAUUCUUCUCAUCUACAAUGUCUGCAUUCCAGUACUUACUUCUCGGCAUGGAGCACACUGGUACCGCCCUUAUAUUUUCCAUCAUCUGUUUCAUUGCGUCCCUUCUUGGAUUGCUUGUUGUACAGAAAGCAGUACAACAAUUUGGGAGGGCGUCUCUCAUUGUAUUCUCAGUCGGAAUAGUGAUGGCUCUGAGUACUGUUCUGAUGACCAGCUUUGGAGCACUUGAUGUCUGGGAUGACUACAUAUUGGGCAAGUAUAUGGGGUUCAAACCACCCUGUUGAAGCCAAUUUUCUAAAUUAGUUCAAGAUUGAACUAACUUUUAAAUAACGUUGAAAUAUAGGAGUAAUGAAAAUAAAAGUUGCUAAAUAGACAGCCCAGCAUUUAGGCAGGGCAAGCUUUUCUGCUAUGGGAUUCAUUAUGUUUCAGAUACUAGUAAACAAAAAAUGAAGUU